UGGCUGGCCGGGCCGCGGGCGGGUUGGGGGGCUGGCAGCUGUCCGGGCGCUGCUGCGGGAGACGGUGCGUGAGGCUUGGCUGUGCGUCCCCGUGGGUGACGCCGUCCCCACGGGUGACACUGCGGUGGGUGGCGGGGGCCUGGACGCCGCAUUUGUGGUUGACCCCAGCAGCCGGCUCAGAGUCCCGCGGGAGGGCCCUGCCCCUUCCCGCUUCUCCUCGGGGCCAUGGCAGACGCCACUUCGCCGUGUCCCGGCCGGGGAGCGGGUGGCUGUGCGUGCUGUGACAGCCCCGCCACCGCCACCGCUGUGCACAGCCCUUGUCCCGCUCCAUGGGAGGGCAGGUUUCCUCUCCCUGCUCAUCCCCUUAACCUUACACAUCCCCGAAAGAGGGAGGUGCGGGAGCCCAGGCGGGUCAGGGUGCCCGGGUGACACCGCUACCGGGAGGUGUCAGGUGAGCAGGGAGCUGAGCAGAGACCUCAUAUCUCCAAAUUAUUUUUUAUACCCUCUCAGGCUGGGUUUCUCGGCACGGGUCACUGGUGGAGCGGGAGAGGCGUUUCGGGGGGAACUGGUGAAUUUCACUUUCAGAAGCAAAGUGGGGAGAUGGUUGAAAACUGAAACUGAAGGGACCUCGUGAUGGCUUCGGCAGGGACCCCCUGGCCAGGGACUGCAGCAGCACUGAGAUGCUGCGGGUUUUGCUCAGGCUUUGGCAUGAGCAGCUAUUCCAUCAGCACCUGGGGUAUACUUGUGUCAUGCCAUUAGAGCAUGCUGUGCUACAGGGGCUGAUUGUAAGGGACAGCCAGAGGGACCGAAUUCCCUUUAGAGAGGUGAAAGAGAAGUUUUCAUAUCUGUUAACACCUACACCUGUCUCGCAGGUCUGCCUUAGUACAAGAGGACGUUCAGCCUUCCCUGCCUUCUUCCCCAUAGAUGAGAAGUAAGGGAGCCUUAGUGGAGAUGCUGGGGAAGAAGCUCCUCAGCAGCAGGUCUAGUGGCACAGGGGCAGGUUUUGCGAGGAGCUGGCUGAGCCUCCUCCAGGGCAGAGGGGGAAGAUAUCAGAGAAAGCAGCAUGCUCAUCUGACCUGGGUCUGCAGGUGCACUUGAUCCUCACUGAGAGGGGGUGGAGAUACGGCUUAGCUGCCCACUUGGGCUUUUAGCCCUCAAGAUUUAAGAAAUACUUUUGUAAUUGCUCUGUAAUUUUCUAAAGUCUGGCUUUGGCUGGCACCCUUGCCCUGCCCCCUUCGUAUGACUUGAUCUUCUAAACAAAUAAAUGUCCAAAUGUCACAACUAAAUGCAUGAAGCAAGGCUGGCUGCCCUCUUGACUUUCCCUGCAGAGGCCGUGAUCAGCACACUAAGCUGAAAGCUGCAAAAUAAGCCCAGGAAGGGGGCAAGAAUCCUGUAUCCAUUUCAGCUGCCGGAAACUGGGUAAAGCCUGAAGAGUCCUGUGUAGCUUGCGGUGGCUUUGUUGUUUGUCCCAAAAGGGUCUGCUGAGCUGUCAUGGGGAACACCACCAGCGAGCGAGUGUCUGGGGAGCGCCAUGGCUCCAAAUCCCACCGUGCAGACGGCUCCGGUGCCGCCCACCCUGCCAAGGAGCACCCACACAAGAUCAUGGUGGGCAGCACCGACGACCCCAGUGUUUUCAGCUCCCAUGAUUCCAAGAUUCCUGGGGACAAGGAGUUUAUGUCAUGGCAGCCAGAUCUGGAGGAGUCGAAACCAUCCCAACAGGCUCGUCCCACUGUCAUCCGCUGGGCUGAUGGAGGCAAAGAGGUCUUCAUCUCCGGAUCUUUCAACAACUGGAGCACCAAGAUUCCACUUAUCAAGAGCCACAACGAUUUUGUCGCUAUCCUGGACCUCCCAGAAGGAGAGCACCAGUACAAAUUUUUUGUGGAUGGCCAGUGGGUUCAUGACCCAUCUGAGCCUGUGGUCACCAGCCAGAUGGGGACGAUUAACAACCUGAUUCACGUCAAGAAGUCUGACUUUGAGGUGUUUGAUGCUUUGAAGGUGGAUUCCUUGGAGAGCUCAGAAACCUCAGGUCGGGACUUAUCAAGUUCACCACCUGGUCCUUAUGGCCAAGAGAUGUAUGUAUACCGGCCCGAGGAGCGCUUCAAAUCCCCGCCCAUCCUCCCACCUCACCUCCUCCAGGUCAUUCUCAAUAAGGACACAAACAUCUCGUGUGACCCAGCACUGCUGCCCGAACCCAACCAUGUCAUGCUCAAUCACCUCUAUGCACUCUCCAUCAAGGACGGCGUCAUGGUGCUCAGUGCUACACACCGCUACAAGAAGAAGUACGUCACCACGCUGCUGUACAAGCCCAUUUGAGCCGGGGCCUCACCCGCCCCCCCACGCAGGACACGAAACGCCGCUUUGUCUGCACACAUUGGGCCAUGGGACUGUGGGACAACUGGCCGCUGGCUCCCGCCUCCAACCUAUCAGGGACACAGGCCCCAGCGAUGAGCCUAGGGCCACUGGGGCCUGUGACACUGUCCCAUCCUACUGGUGUGGCUUGAUUUAACCCUUGGUUUCCACUCACCUACAGCUCCCCUUGGCUUCUGCGAGUCUCUGGGGCCACUUUGCUGCUCACCAGAAUGGCCUUCACCAGAACAGGGCUUCACCCUGCCUGUCUUCUCCAGCCUGCAAGGUCCCCAAGGCGGUCCUGCCCCUGCGCCCAGCCCAGGAAUGUGUCCUACCUGCUGAAGGUUGCUGUGCUGUCCUGGUGAUGAGCCUCCAAAGCCACCCCAGCCUCUGCCCCAAGUCCUGAGUGUGGGGCUAUCCCCCUCCUGUGCUCCCCAGCUUUGAGGAGGGCUCUGGCUGCAGCCCCAGCCCUCUGCCAGGUUCAGCGUCGAGCCAGCGGGAGAGCUGGCACAGCCAGACACAGCUGCACUUACCUGCCACCAGGACAGCACCAUCAAGGACUGAACCGAGUGCUUCUGCGGGGCAGCGCUGACUUUGUCACAGCCAGAGGGACACCUGUGCACGCCCCUGCUCUAGGGAGCCGGGGGAGAGCAGAGCAGGGCAGGUAUCCCAGGACCCCGGCUCCACUGCCUGCUGCCAGAGCAGCGCCCCGCCACAGAUUUUUCUCUAUUUAUUACAGUAUUUAUUGUUCUCGGU